GCACAUUAUAUGAUGUUAUGAAAAUAAUGUUAAUUGUUUGGGCAUGCGAGACCGGCAAGAAUCAGGCUCAAGAGAUUCGCAGUACGAUUCACCAUGUACUUAACAGCAUCAGAGAUGAGAAAAUAAAAUAUGAGUUGCAGUUAUUUUCCUUACAAACACUGCAUUGCAAAAUUACGUUUUCCGCCAAAGGUUUCAAUGUGGAUGCAACAUUUCUUGCCAUAAUGGUGGGUACCACUGUCACAUAUAUAUUAAUAUCGGUACAAUUCCUAGUUAUGUCACAUUCUUGCGAUGAAAAAUCUGCAAUCAACGUUACAUGA